AUGGUGAGCAAGCACCUCAAACCCCUCUACCAGCUGGUCGUGAACAACUUCCUCAUCGUCGUCGUGGCACCAGUCACAGCCGUCGUCGUUCUCCGCAAAGCCGCGCAACUCGGCCCCGACGAGCUGCUCUCCCAGCUCCAUGGGCUGCGGCAGGUCCAUGUCUUCCUCGCCAUCUUCCUACCGUUCGCCAUAGCCACCCUCUACUUCAUGUGCCGCCCUCGUAGCGUGUACCUCGUGGACUACGCCUGCUGCCGGCCCAAAUCCAAUUGCCGCGUAUCCAUAGGCUCCUUCAUCGAGAGCGCCCGUCUGUCGCCGUACAUCGACGACGGCACCUUCCGUUUCAUGACGCGCAUGCUGCAGCGCUCGGGCCUGGGCGACCAGACCUACCUCCACCCUUCGCUGCACCACAUCCCGCCGCGCUGCUGCCUGAGCGAAAGCCGCGACGAGGCGGAGCAGAUCAUCUUCGCCACCGUCGACGACCUGCUCGCCAAGACGGGCAUAAGCCCCGAAGCGAUCGACAUACUCGUCACCAACUGCAGCGGCUUCACCCCGACGCCGAGCUUCACCGACAUCAUCGUGAACAAGUACAAGCUCCGAGGAGACAUCCGGAAUGUGAACAUGUCCGGGAUGGGGUGCAGCGCUGGGGUGAUCUCCCUCGAUGUGGCGAGGAGCCUCCUGCAGGCGGCGCCGCGGGGCGCGCACGCCCUCGUGGUGUCCAUGGAGAUCACCUCCUUCAUAUACUACACCGGACCGGACCGGACGAUGCUGCUGCCAGGUGCGCUCUUCCGGAUGGGCGCGGCGGCGGUGCUACUGUCCACGUCCAAGGCCAAGUCCCGGCUCCGGCUAAUGCACAUCGUGCGAACGCUCACCGCCGCCAAGGACAGAGCCUACCUGUGCGCGUCGCUCAAGGAGGACGAGCAUGGAGAGACGGGGAUAUACCUGUCCAAGGACCUCGUGCCCGUCGCCGGAGAAACGCUCAAGGCCAACAUCGCGGCGCUAGGGUCCGUCGUCCUCCCGCCGUCCGAGAAGCUGCUCUUUGCGCUCUCCUUCGUCGCCCGGAAGGCGCUGGGCAGGAGGAUCAAGCUGUACAUGCCUGAUUUCCGCACGGCCUUCGAGCACUUCUGCGUCCAUUCCGGCGGCCGGGCAGUGAUCGAUGCUGUGCAGACCAGCCUGUGCCUGUCGGAUGAGAACGUGGAGCCAUCGCGGAUGACGCUUCACCGGUUCGGGAACACGUCCAGCAGCUCGCUGUGGUACGAGCUGGCGUACAUCGAGGCCAAGGGACGGAUGCGGAAGGGUGACCGCGUGUGGAUGGUCGGCUUCGGCUCUGGCUUCAAGUGCAACAGCGCCGUGUGGGAGUGCAUGAGGUCGCCCAGCGACGACACCACUCUUGGCGCGCCCUGGGCUGAUUCCAUCCAUCAGUACCCUGUGAAGAUCUAG